AAAAAAUACAAAACUCAAUGGAAAAUUUAGGAAGAGGUCAAAUACCUCUAGACUCAAUCGAAGCUGUAGGGCCCUCAGGCUUAUUGACCACGCCCAAAACAGGCCCACUCAGCAAAGCUGAGCUCGAAGAAAUGAAAGAAGAAAUCAAGCAUGAAGAGACAAAAGAGACGAUGAAGAAUACAAAAUUUGAUAAAGCCAAAGGAGCAGUCAUUGGUGCUCUCUGUGGCGACGCCAUUGGAGCCUUCCUCGAAUUCUACGGAUCAAAAAUCACUGACAAAGUUGCAAAGCAAGCAUUAUCCAUGCCUGGGAAAGGACCACACAAUGUAGGCAAAGGCCAGAUCACCGAUGAUGGAGAAUUAACCAUGUGACUCCUACAUGCUCUAGCCAAGGGUGAAGGGAAGUUGAAUAACAAAGAAAUAGCCAGGUUCUACGCAAAAUGGAUCAAAUCAAAGCCAUUUGACAUUGGAACCACCUGCAGAAGAUCACUCUUUAAAGCUGAUAUUAAAAAUCCAAAUCCAACUCGAAUUAAAGAAGAGGCUGCUAAAUCUGAUAGAUCACAAAGCAAUGGCUCGCUAAUGAGAGCAACUCCUCUCGCUGUGUUCUGUCAUAGGAUGAAAGUCCCAAAUACGGAAGACGAGGAAGAAGCCGACUGGAGUGAGCACAGAGACCUCGUAUUUGAAGCUGCCAAACAAGACGCCACUUUCACUCAUUUGAACGAAAAUGUGCUCCAAAUCGAAGGACUUUACGUGUACAUGCUCACAUUGAUCAUCAAUGAAGUUCCCCUCAAACAAGUUCAGGAGAUUAUUACCACUGAAAUAGAAGAGUCCAAGAAUGAAGAAUUCCAGGAAUGGCUCAAAGAGUCCCAAGAAGACAAACUUGGCAGCCUGAAAAAGCAAAUGGGCUGGAUGAAACAUGCCUUUAUAUGCUGACUAAGGUAUCUAAGACUUGCAACUACAGCUACGACCCUUGACUCUACAUUCUACGAAGCAUCCAUGAAGGAGAUCCUCAAAGGCUCAGGAGAUACAGACACAAACGCAUGCAUUGCUGGUGGGCUCCUUGGAGCUAUCGUAGGCUUCCAUAACCUUCCUGAACUUCCAAGGAAAAAAGUCCUCGCUUGGGAGUACAAGGGAGGAAAAGGGAUAAAAAGAGAAAAAUUCCUGACUCCAAAGCAUUAUGCUGAAUCUCUGAUACAAAAGCUUUACGACUGAGCACCAGAAGAUCUAGAAAUAGUUGACUAAAUUUAAAAUCCAAUUCAACCAAA